AUCUCCAAACAUAGCACGUCUACUUGAGCGUUUGCGUCGCAUCAACAAAAAGAAAAUGUUCUACUCGCUCGUGCAGACCAUCGUGUGUGUGCUGCUCAUACAGGGCGGCCUUUAUGCGCUGCACUUGAAUGGCCCCAGUGGCGGCAGCAGCAGCAUCAGCAGCAGCGGCAAUGGCGCGCGCGUUGCUAGUAGCAUUGGUGGUGUUGGAGUGAAUGCCCCAACGAACCUCGGCGGUAGCGGCGCCGCACAGCUCAAUACCGCCGCGAAUACCAAUCAAAUGCUCAAUAUACUAUCCGCAUCCCAGUACGCGCAACAUCUACAUGCCGGCGGCAGCGGCAGCGGUAGUGGCAGCGGUGGCGGAGGUGGUGGUGUUGGCCUUAGCGGCAGUGGCACUGGCAGUGGCAGUCUCUCGCAUGCGUUCAGCAAAUCCGCCGUCGCGCCUUUAGACAACGCUGGCCGUUUGACGCAGGAGUUGGCCGAUAUGGCGCAGCACGAGCGCGAGCGACUGAUGUUGCUCGGUCUGGCGAAGCAGGGCGCAGAAGCCCAUGCGGGCACUGGACAUCACGGACGUCCUUUUAUUACCGGACGCAUACAAAUGAGUCCCGUCGAGGAUGUGGAGAGCGACUAUCCGUCGCUGCUGUUGCAACAACCACGUGGCCCCAUGUACGGCAGCGUCGUGAAGCAACCAGCGGUGGUCGAGGACGAGUAUGCAGAUGAAGAGGGUGCAUAUGAGAGCGACCGUUUGAAUUAUGACGCGCACGGACGUCCAGAGCAUUAUGAGUAUGGGCGCAUAGUGCAACCGUCCGAUCGUGAAGAGUAUGGGCAGUUGCAGCGCGCCGAUGAGUUGGAUGAGCUGGUCGAGGCUGAGCCAGAGAUUGACGAUAUGCUUACCGAUUUGGAUAGCUACCAGUAUUUGGAUGAGUUGUUGCCGUUGGAGCAUCGCAGGGUGUGGGGUGAUGAGCCGCUAGCUUAUGGCGUCGCCGGUGGCAACACCAGGCCACAUCACUUGAACGAUGGCUUCCCGCUGCUGUUGAACCCAUACCGCACGCUUGAGGAGCUCGAGGAAAGUCCACCGCACACGCUACAGGAGCUAUUCGAAAAGAAACAGCAUAGUGGCGGUGCGAAAGAGCAUCGCGCGCAAGUGCAGCUGCAGGCAAAUGAACAGCAGCAGCACCAACAACAUCAUCAGACGCAACAGCAGCAGCAGCAGCAACAACACAUAUUCAACGGCGGCAUUAAGCAUCGCAAUGGCGGGUAUGGUGCUGCCGCUAGCGAUAGCGCUGCUGGCUAUAAUACACAUCUGCAGCAAAAGUGGCAGCGUAAACGCUCGCAACAACAACAACAUCAGCGUCAAUUGCAACAAUGGCAACGCAACAUUUUCGGUCAGCAGUUACACCAUUUUGGCGCACAAAACCAACGCCCCAUCAAACUAUCGCUGGCCAAUUCGGAAGCCACCGCCACAAAGCAUAUUCAACCAAAUAGUAGCAACAACAACAAAUUGCCAAGCGCUCUAAUCGCAAUGGCACCGCAGCAACAAAGUUCCUCCACAUCACUGCUGUCCCUCAAUGGUGCGGUAAUUAAAAGUGAACAGCAGCAGCAGCAACAACAGCAAGAACACAAACAACAGUCAAAACAGCAGCAAGCCGCCACGCCAAAUGCUGACGAUGUUGCUAGUUCAACGGGCGCUUUGGCCAAAGCUGCUGCAAAAUUGAAAGCACAGCAACAACACAAACAACUGCAGACGCCGCCACAGAAGCAAGAGUCUUUCUUGCAUCCCAAUCACAAGCGCUCCGGCAGUGGCAACAGCAAGUCCGCUACAGCUGCAGCGGCGGCGAAUAACGGCUACUCGUCCAUCGCGAGUCAGCUGAUGCUGCGCACGGCGCGAGGGCAGCGGCAGUAUGAUGUGCCACAAAUAGAUAAUGCCAAAUAUUUAGGUAUUCGGCUAGACGGACGUUUCGAAUAUAUCUUGAAAGCGAAAACAACUUGCACUGAAACUCCAUUCAGUGUACUGGUUACUUGGGCUUUAGCAAAUAUGUUCACUUUUAACUCCGCCCCUCGUAGUGUCCUGCUGCUUUUGCUGCUGGUAAUCACUGAUGGCCACUAUGCAUUGCAUCAAAUGGGCGGACAGAAUCCACAAGCGCCACCACAAGGCUUACACCAAUCGGAUCUAUCAACGCAUGACCUCUUGCCACCGUCAGAUUAUCCAACUGGUGAAGAAGAAAUCGGCUCUGAGGAAUGGAAUUAUCUGCAGACGGCAGAUCUGCCAUAUGGUAGUUUAAGUGAAGCCUUCCGAUUGGAGGCAGAUUUGUUACGCUUACAAAAGUGGCGUCAAAUCAAGCAACAAAAAAAGCAACGACAACAAUUGUGGUUGGAGAAUAUGUUAGAACUGCUGGAAAAACAGCAGCAUAACUUAGAUGGCCAACAGCAGCAGCAAAAAUCAGAACAAAAUGCUAGAAAUCAACACUUGCCAAUGAAGAAGCAAAUGGAACAAACGAAGCAGCAGCAACAGCAACAGCAUGACACUUAA